CCUCAUUGGUUACUACAUUCGAGCCCAAUGUCAAAUUGGUUGCAAUAAUGGUUGAGAAAAAAGGCGAUGUGGUCGAAGACAUUAAAUUUUCCCUCACUGGAAAGUCUAAUCGUGGAGACACAGCGUUUACACCAAUAGAAAAUGCUGAUGGUGGAGCCAUAUUUACUGGCAAAACAUACAGCUACAUUUUUUUACCUAACGACUUGGGACCUAUAGCUUUACUGUCGCUCCGAAUCAUUCAACCAACUCCAACCUCCGAGUACAGAGUGAAGUUCUUUGGAUGUGCAGCUUUGCCAUCUACAACUGCAGCAACAACAGAGAAAGUAACCACAACAGUUGUGACAACUUCUCCUGAAGCAACCACCACAGAGAUAACCACUGUGGAGAUAACUUCAGGGCCAGCCACAACAUCAGUUACGACAGCUGGACCAACAACUACACAAGCAUCAACAACUACCACAAAUGUCACUACAGUAUCGGUUCCAUCAACUACAGCUGCAGCUACAACCUCGGCUGUACCCACAACAACUGAAGUGGUCACAACAACUAGUGCUGUUUUGACUACCACUCCUACAGGAACAACCUCUGAGGAGACAACUGUUGUUACUACCAGCCCAGUGUCAACUACCACUGGACAAGCAACAAGUACUGAAGUUUCAACCAGUAGUGUAACAACUACCUCAGCUGGUACCACUACUGCAGGUCCAACUUCAACUGUACAAACCAGUACCACGGUUGUGACAUCUUCUCCUGAGGCAACCACCACAGAGAUAACCACUGUGGAGAUAACUUCAGGGCCAGCCACAACAUCAGUUACGACAGCUGGACCAACAACUACACAAGCAUCAACAACUACCACAAAUGUCACUACAGUAUCGGUUCCAUCAACUACAGCUGCAGCUACAACCUCGGCUGUGCCUACAACAACUGAAGUGGUCACAACAACUAGUGCUGUUUCGACUACCACUCCUACAGGAACAACCUCUGAGGAGACAACUGUUGUGACUACCAGCCCAGUGUCAACUACCACUGGUAAAAUUUCCUUUCAUAAUUGUUCUCCUACUUCAAACUCUCAUUUUGCAUUACUGUCUAAAGUAAAGAUAUGA